GCGUAUGUCCAUAUACAUAAACACACAAAAUACGAUUCAAAUCAAACCAACCAGAGACAAUGUCCUCUUCACGGACGCCAACUUUGACUGCUCUUUCCUUCGCAUCUCUCUCUUUCUUCCUCUUCUUCUUCUUCGUUUCUCACUGCAAUGGAGUCUCUCAGCAGACGAUCUCUACCGUCUGCUCGCAAACCCAGAGCGACGAACUCUGCGCGUCCCUCCUGAACAGCGACCCCCGGAUCGCCUCGGCCGACCUCCCUCUCUUCUCGCUCGUCUCCGUCGAACUUACCCAGAAGCAAGCCGGGCAAAACUACAAGUCCUUCUCUCGACUCCGUGACAACACGACCCGCGAUCCCCUGCUCCGAAAGGGGUAUGCAAAAUGCGUGUCGCUGUACGGGAAGAUGGUGGGCGACCUGAGGCGCGUGCACGAGCUGUCGGAGUCGAGGGAGUACGAGGAGGUGAUCAAGGAAGGGCCGGGCUAUUCGCCGGCCUACGACUGCCUCAACGGAGUGAAGUUCACGACGGCCCUCGGCGAGAUCACGAGGGACAUGCUUAUUGCGCUGGAGAUGUUUGCGAGCGUCGCUUCGUACGUUGCUCAGCAAAUGUGAUUAGAUUUGAGUGAAUUUCCUUUCCCCUUGGUUCAUCAGUGUGUUAAAAUUUGAUUCGACGACUUUGGUUGGUGAAUUUGAAGCUGUUUUCGGUUAAGAUAUCAAGAAUUUUUAGUUUCCUGUUAUGAAAAUUGGUGGACAAUUAAAAAUAAAAUCCUAAAUCUAUUGCAGUUGAGGCAAUUAAAGUCUAAACUUUCAUUUGUCUCAA